AUGCCGACAACAUUUUUAUUCUUGGUAAUAUUUUUAUUAUCUAUCUAUCUAUCUAUCUAUCUAUCUAUCUAUCUAUCUAUCUAUCUAUCUAUCUCCUUAUAUAUUGAUUUGGCUUACUACAGAAUCAAAGAGAUGCACUUAAAAUUCCAGACAACGCGAAAAAAGAACUUAAAAAUGCCUCAUCGAGCUUUUUUUCUUCCUUUCAAACCCCCUUUCCAUCCAAUACAAUUACAAAGGGCAGAUAACUCGAGAGAGGAAUUUUUAAAAUGCUUCCCAACUGAUAAGCGAUUCAAUUUAGAAAAGAAAAAAAAAACUCCCGCUUCCUUUCUUCGCACCACUGCGAGAACGACUAUCUACCCUACUCAACACUUGCUUAACAGAUAUGUAUUGCUGGUAAUAUUUUUAUCUAUCUAUCUAUCUAUCUAUCUAUCUAUCUAUCUAUCUAUCUCAAUUUUUAUUGCUCGUAAUAUUUUUUAUCUAUUUUUCUAUCUUGGUCUCUUCAUGUCUAUCUGUCUCCUUUGGUCUCUUAAUAUCUAUCUAUCUAUCUAUCUAUAUAUCUAUCUAUCUAUCUAUCUUGGUCUCUCUAUGUCUAUCUGUCUCUCUCGGUCUCUUAAUAUCUAUCUAUCUAUCUAUCUUGGUCUCUCUAUGUCUAUCUGUCUCUCUUGGUCUCUUCAUAUCUAUCUAUCUAUCUAUUAUGGUCUCUCUAUGUCUAUCUGUCUCUCUCGGUCUCUUAAUAUCUAUCUAUCUAUCUAUCUAUCUAUCUAUCUAUCUAUCUAUCUAUCUUGGUCUCUCUAUGUCUAUCUGUCUCUCUCGGUCUCUUAA